AUGAAUUCUACAAACCAACACAAGAUUCUGGAAUUUACCCUCCUUGGCCUGGCCAGCUUUCCUAAACUAAGUAUCCCAUUGUUCAUUCUCUUGCUCAUUGUCUACAUUCUGAUACUGCUUGGGAAUCUACUGAUCAUAGUAACGGUACAUUUUGAGGCACGUCUCCAUUCAGCCAUGUAUUAUUUCCUUAGUAAGCUAUCUGUUGUAGACCUGUGCUAUGCAACAGUGACUGUUCCUAAAAUGUUAGUCGAUUUUCUUUCAAAGAGAAACACCAUCUCCCCCAAUGCCUGUAUUACACAACUUUUUUUUUUACACUUCUUUGCAGGAACAGAGUGCAUCCUUCUUACAGUAAUGGCAUAUGACCGCUACGUUGCCAUAUGUAACCCACUACGAUAUUCUAGUAUUAUGAACAGCACUGUCUGUCACUUGCUUGAAGCUGUUUGCUGGGCUGCAAGUUUCAUUCACUCCAUUAUCCAAACAAUUUUAACAUGUCAAUUGAAGUUCUGUGGCCCAAACACAAUAGACCAUUUUUUCUGUGAUAUCCAUCCUUUGUCUGUAUUAGCCUGCUCAGAUAUUUUUCUUAUUGAAGUAGUAUUUGUUGCAAACAGUGGGAUGAUCUCUGCAGUUUGUUUUAUUGUGUUGCUAAUAUCCUACGUGGGAAUUAUCAACACCAUAGUAAAAACUCGAAGUGAAGGAGGGCUGGGAAAAGCAUUUUCCACAUGUGCCUCUCAUCUAAUUGUAGUCACUCUGUUUUUUGGACCUUGCGUUUUUAUCUAUUUGAGACCCGCUGUAUCAUACGCAGCAGAUAAAACGGUGUCAAUAUUUUAUACAGUUGUAACACCCCUAUUAAAUCCUAUUAUUUAUACUCUAAGAAACAAAGAGGUAAAAACAGCCAUUAGAUCAUUCCUGGAGAAAAAAAUAUUUCGAAGAAAAAAAUAA